GUUAGAUUGUUUAUGUUUUUGCAGUCGUGGUUUGUGAUGAUGGUGGAAGUUCUGAGUGAUUAGUCACAGAACAUCAGUUUUAUACCCGAGUAGCUUGAAGAAGCUUCUUUUUUCCUAUUCAAAAAUGACCAGCAGUAAUAGGCCUAAAAAAGUGGAUUUCAAGAAAACUAGAAGGAAACCAUUGACCGACACCAGCAAACAACAAAACUGGAAAACAAUUGCGGUAUCAUUCACCGGCUUCACAAUAUUCGGAAUUGUGGCUGCGAUUACCUAUCAAGGCUAUUUGGAAACUAGGGUUUCGACACCGUUUAGCCAGAAUAAAUUGGUGUCCAAUGAUGUCGAUAGUAGCAUGUUAUGGGGAUCAUACCGCCCGGGUGUGUAUUUUGGACUAAAGUCAAGAGAAGAGCACCCACUAUUGACCGGCUUGAUGUGGUAUCUUCCAAAUCAACUUAGAUCCUUGUCAGACAUCAGACAUUUUUGUGAAAUCGGUGACAAUUUGAAAAAGUACGGCUGGACCCACCACGAUGGACGAAACUUCGGAAUUCAAGAAAUUGAAGAUGGAUCACUUUCACUAGAAACUUCCUUUGUAAAAUCCGAUGGAGAACAGCAGUCCGCUUGGGCGGCUAGAAUCGAUGUUAAGCAGAAGAAUCCAACACAAACCAAGACCACUGUGUCGCUUAUUUGGUACGCCGCUUUUGAAUCGAUUGACGAUGGAUUUCUGAAUGUUUCCACGGCGGGUGAUUAUCCGCAAAUAGACGUCGCAUCGUUUUCGUUAGGUGGAAUGAAAAUCAAGCUGUUCAAUAAUGAUGUGGGCGUAACCACUGAAGUGUCUACAGCAUGCACCUUUUCCAAUAGUAUCGAUAAAGUGAAGGAAGCAAUUGUCGAAACAUUUGCUUACAAAAAAGAUGGGCACAGCAUCAAAUACUAUUUAAAUAACAAAGCUGAUCAGGCUUCCUGUAAUCUAGCUGCAAUCAUGGUAACAUUCCAAGCUCCCGGCUCAUUUUUCAUCACAUUGGAUGGUACAACAAAGCCCGCAAUUGAUGCGGGAAUUACUUCUAAACAGGAUUUCCAAAAAAACCUCAACGUUCACAAGCAAAAAUUUACCGAAAAGUUUAAUUCCAUCUUCAAAUUGGACGCAAAGGGUUUUACCCUCGGAGAAGUUGCUUUUGCCAAAUCAAUUAUGAGCAACUUGAUCGGAGGAAUUGGUUAUUUCUACGGUUCCUCCAAGGUCCAAAGCGAAUAUAACGAACACCCAAUAAACUACUGGAAGGCACCACUUUAUACGGCUGUUCCGUCGAGAUCGUUCUUUCCCAGAGGAUUCUUGUGGGAUGAAGGGUUUCAUGGUUUGCUAGUUUCCACAUGGGAUGUAGACAUAGCUUUGGAGAUAAUGCUGCACUGGUUCGAUCUCAUGAACCUUGACGGGUGGAUACCUCGGGAGCAAAUUUUAGGUAGCGAAGCAUUGGCAAAGGUGCCGGCGGAAUUUGUGGUGCAGCGGAGCUCAAAUGCGAAUCCUCCUACAUUUUUCCUAACGCUCAGAUACCUUCUGAACAACUAUAGAGAUCAGCUCAAAGAGCCAAAGCGCCUUGAAAGUCUUAAGAAAAUGUUCCCACGCCUACAGACAUGGUAUUCUUGGUUCAAUAAAACACAGCAUGGAGAAAUACCCGGCAGUUACCGAUGGAGAGGAAGAGCGAUCACUCUGGAAGAAAUCAACCCCAAGACACUGACAUCAGGUUUAGAUGACUAUCCCAGAGCAUCACAUCCCGACAACCAAGAAAGGCACGUUGAUUUAUUGUGUUGGAUGCAGUUAGCAUCGCAUGUGAUGAGCGAUUUGGCAAAAUAUCUAGACAGAGAUGAUACGAAAUAUUCUGAAACGUACAAAUAUUUGUCUAAUGUCGAGCGCUUGAAUGCGCUCCAUUUAUCGCCUAGAACAAACACAUUUGCUGACUUUGGACUACACACCGAUGAAGUCAGCCUGCGUUUAGUUGAGAGUCAAAAUGAAAGAAAGUGGAUACGUGACGUCGCAAAAGAUCCAAAAUACCAAUUAGUGGAUAAUGUCUUUGGGUAUAUCAGUCUCUUCCCAUUCUUAUUAAAAUUACUUCCUGUCGACUCGUUGUCGCUAAAAACUACUUUGAAUAAUAUAAGGAAUCCAGAAAUCUUGUGGACUGAUUAUGGAAUAAGGUCGUUAUCGAAAACAUCUACCUUGUACAUGGAGCGCAAUACAGAGCAUGACCCGCCAUAUUGGAGAGGACAAAUUUGGAUGAAUAUCAACUAUUUAAUAUUGGGAGCGCUCAACCAUUAUAAAAAUGAAGCAGGGCCAAACAAGGAUUUGGCUCAGGAGAUUUACACAGAGCUGCGGAAGAACCUCAUUGACAACCUGUAUAAACAAUUCCAAAGAACUGGCUAUGUGUGGGAAAACUAUAAUGACCAAACAGGCGAGGGCAAGGGUUGUUAUCCCUUCACUGGAUGGAGCGCACUAAUUGUGAUGAUUAUGGCUGAAAUAUAUUAGAAGCGCUGUUAAAAUAUCA